AUGCGAAAGGCUUACUUGCAGAUUCAAAUCAGGCCGGAAGACCGCGACGCACUCCGAUUCCUGUGGCUUACCGAGUUGCCUUCCGCUACAAGCUUCCAUCCUGAAUGCCAAGAGUGGCGCAUGACUAGGGUCCCCUUUGGCGCUUCCUCCAGCCCGUUUCUAGGUCUCUCGGCACAGGACCUCAUCGACAACAAUGCAUGGUGGAAGGGCCCACCCUGGCUGUCGAACCGAAUCGACCACAGCGCCUCGCCAGAGGCAGACCUCGACAGCAGCUUGGAGUCCGAACUGGUUUGUUCGCCCGUUGCCACCGGCGGCCAGGAUGCUUUGAUUCGGCUGGAAGAUUACAGCUCGCUGAGACGUCUCCUACGAAUCACAGCCUACGUACUUGGCUACGUUGCCAACCUACGUCGCCCAGACGCCAAGCGCACCGGUCCGCUCUCAGCACAAGAACUGCUCUCCGCCGAGCGACUUUGGGUAGAGCGUACUCAAGGGGAGACAUUUGCAACCGAAAUCGCUGAUCUAAAAAACUCUCGCCCGCUUCCCAGGUCUUCCAGCAUUCUUACGCUGAACCCGUAUCUCGACAGCAGCUCACCCCUUCGAGUCGGUGGCCGCCUGCAACAAAUGGAAGACACCGAGCGUGUUCGACAUCCCAUCCUCCUUCCCAGCAAGCAUCGCCUGACUGAACUGCUCAUCAUGGACGUGCACAUGCGCCUUCACCAUGCCGGGAUCCAAGACACGUUAUGUGAACUGCGACAAAGCUACUGGGUGACGAAGGGACGUCAAGCCGUGCGCCGGACACUGCAUACGUGCCUCCAAUGCAGGCGAAGGCGUCUCAGUCCAGAAACUGCACCGGUUGCACCUCUCCCGAGAGAAAGGCUAACCCCCUCGCUCCCGUUCGACACUGUAGGAGUCGAUUUCGCCGGACCUCUUUAUGUCUCCAGGGAGGACGGCACCGAGCACAAGGCCUACAUCACGCUCUUCACCUGCGGAGUAACCAGACCUUCCUCGCCGCCUUUCGUCGCUUCAUCUCCAGACGGGGGGUUCCAUCCCUAG